AUGGCAAUAUCUAUUAAUUCUAAAUAUAUAAAUAUAUGGUAUUAUAAGGGUAAUUAAUUGGUCCAUAUUAAUAUUUAGGUAACGCAUUAGCACAUUUAGAGCAAUAUCAAGAAGCAAUAAAAUGUUACGAUGAAGCAAUAUCUAUUGAUAAUAAAUAUGGUUCUGCAUGGAUUAAAAAGGGUAAUUUAGAAUUAAAUGUUAAUAUUUAGGUAAUGCAUUAACACAUUUAAAACAAUACCAAAAAGCAAUUUAAUGCUACAAUGAAGCAAUAUUAAUUAAACCUAAAUAUAAUGAUGCAUGGUAUGGCAAGGGUAAUUAAUUGUUACAUAUUAAUAUUUAGGAUUGGCCUUAGCACAUUUAUAAUAUUAUCAAGAAUCAAUAAAAUGUUUUGAUGAAGCAAUAUCUAUUGAUAAUAAAUAUGGUUCUGCAUGGAUUAAAAAGGGUAAUUAAGAAUUAAAUGUUAAUAUUUAGGGAAUGCAUUAACACAUUUAAAACAAUACCAAGAAGCAAUUUAAUGCUAAAAUGAAGCAAUAUCAAUUAAUCCUAAAUAUAUUGAUGCAUGGUAUGGCAAGGGUAAUUAAUUGUUAUAUAUCAAUUUUUAGGAUUGGCCUUAACGCAUUUAAAACAGUAUCAAGAAUCAAUAAAAUGUUACGAUGAAGUAAUUUAUAUUAACCCAAGACAUGAAAUAGUAUGGUGUGGCAAGGGUAAUUACUUUUUCAAUAUGAAUACUUAGGUCUUUCAUUAGUCAAAUUGAAUCUAUAUGAAGAAGCAAUUAAAUCAUACGAUAUGGCAAUAUCCAUUAAUUCUAAAUAUAUAAAUAUAUGGUAUUAUAAGGGUAAUUAAUUGGUCCAUAUUAAUAUUUAGGUAACGCAUUAUCGUGUUUAAAGCAAUAUCAAGAAGCAAUAAAAUGUUACAAUGAAGCAAUUUAUAUUAACCCAAGACAUGAUUCUGCAUGGUAUAAAAAAGGUAGUUACUUGUUCAAUAUUUAAACUUAGGUUUUGCAUUAGCCAAAUUGAAUUAAUAUCAAGAAGCAAUAUAAUCUUACGAUGAAGCAAUAUUUAUUAACCCUAAAUCUGAUUGCUCCUUAGAAAAUAAAGGUAAAUAUUUUUAUUAAUUAGGUAUAAUCCUACACAAAUUGAAUAAAUAUAUGGAUGCACUCUUUAAUUUUGAACAAGCCCUUAAAAUAAGAAAUAGUGCUCAUCUAUUCAAAUUGAAAGGUAAUUAUAUCAUUUUUUUAUUUUUAGCUGAUUCAUUAUUUGAAUUACGGAGAAUAUCAGAAGCUAAAUACUUUUAUUUGGCUGCAGAGGAACUGGGAUUAGGUUAAAAUGCUUAUAUUAAAAGUUUACUUUUUUCGUUAUGA